UUCAGGGUUAGCUCGCUCGGCUAGCAGCUUCACUCGGACGCUGUCCGCCUCACAACACAGACCCGAUCCUCGGCACGGAUUCCCGUCCUAGCAGGACCUUUUCACCGGCACCGCCUCCUCCUGAUACUCGGCUGUAGUUCCCGGCUCCUCCUUGUUCUCCGUCCUCCUGGUCCCGGUCCAGACCCGGUCGGCAAACCCGAAUCAUGUCGGCGGUGCAGAGGAUGAAAGUGGCGAACGAGCGGCACAGCAAGACCAUCACACAGCGGGGACACGUCCAGAAAACAUCGCGGCCAGUAAACGAGGAGAAGUCUCCGGUGGGUCCGUGGCUGCUGGCGCUCUUCGUCUUCGUGGUUUGUGGGUCAGCCAUCUUCCAGAUCAUCCAGAGCAUCAGGCAGGGCAUGUGAUGACCUUCAACCCCUGGAGCAGAGUCACAUGGGGGGGAGGGGGUGCACGUCGUCAUCAUGACCCGCCUACCGCACGCACACUCACAGACACACACAAACAGACACACACUUGUUCCUGUGGAGUUUAAAUCUGAGCUGUUUUUUCUUCCUACCUAACCCAACCCCUCUCUCUGUCUGCAGUAAAUCAGAUGUGUGUUGUUUUUUUUUUUACGUCCUUCACUGUCGAUGAAGCUGAUCAGAUAUUGGUUAUUGAUUGCUUGUCAGAUGAAGUCUUAACUCCCCCUCCUGUCGGUCUGACGCAGUCGUCCAGCUGCUUUUUACUCCCCCCGCCGGUUUGUCGCUGACGUUUGGCUGAAGCCGAUGUGUCUUUUUGAUUUAAAGGAGCCGCUGACUUUUUAUCUCAUCACCCACAGAUCCCGUAAACCGCUGCUGAGCCUGACUUUUAUUAAACCCGUCCGUAAGUUUCAGGUGGAUCUCCGCUCCGUGGACCCAGUUUGUGGUCGUUUACUGUGAAUUUCUCUUCUUUAUUAAAUACUCGGCUGAGUUUUAACGAACAAAUAAAGGCUGCUCGCUGCGAAAGAACAAAUAAAACACCUGCUGGAUUCAGGAUCCUCUCUCUGCCAGACGCACCCCCAUCAGCGUUAAGCUGCUGUGAGUAUUUCACAUUAAUGUUCAUGCACAGAAGUGAGAAGCUGGAGGAAACAGUUUUUUCUAGAUCAGUUAAAUAAUAACAUUUCUCUGCUGAAGUCAGUUAUACUAAUAUAAACCGAAGUCACAUUUUGGCUCAAAGGGUUUUAAAGUCGACACUCAAACGUUUAGAUAAAACUGAAAUAAUCAGGAGUGAAAAGAGGUAAAAAUCCAGGUGGGUGUUCUGCUCUCACUGAAGUUUUAUUUAAAGCUCCAAAGGGCUCCAAUGACUCGAUGUGCAGCUGUUUGAACAGACUGUCAUGUGGCUGGGAGUGAAAUGAUUUAAAUUAAAAUAUACAGAACAGCAGCAGUCAGUGAAUAAACAGCCGGGGUGUGAAAUGAAUAAAUGUUAAUUUAAUAAUAAUAAUGUAAAUGUUUUAAUGCAGGGUUCUGUUGGAUUUUCUUUGUGGACAGUUUACAACUUUCAGAACAAGACGUCUAAAGCAUAAAAUACAACGAUAAAAAACCUCAAAGACGAAUAAAUGGAGAAGUUCUCAGCUGAAAAAUAAACUUUCUUUCCUCUCUUUCUGUCGGCAGCAGCGGUGGUGUGAAGCUCAGGAUCUGUGUGUAAUGGAAUAAAAGCAGCAGUUUGUUGAAAAAUGUUUUCCAGAAAGGAUAAAAAAAAAAAAAAGAAGUGGUUUUUAAAUGAAUUAAAAUCGCCCCUCAGAUUAAAUCUGACGUCGUGGCUUCGGUCAAACUGCGGCUGCGUUGACUUGAGGAGACUGUGAGCUGCUGGUUUUUAAAGCAGCUGCUGGUUCAGGUUUUGGAAAGGUGAAGCGGUCAGAGAGGUGAAGAGCUCAGCGAGCCUCCUGCUGGACGACAUGCUCCGCUUUUAUACAAAAUAAAACCACAUAUUUUUCUCUACA